AUGGUGACCGAUGGCUUCAUCAUCACGGUAGAGGGCACCAACCUGUCCUUCUUGCCCAAUGUGACCGUGCUCACGUUGAGCCGAAAUUGCAUCCUGGACAUUCGAGGAGACGCCUUCCACGGGCUGCCAGGGCUUCAGAUCCUGCUUCUGGAGCACAACCAGCUGUCCAGCUCCUCCAUCAGCAACACCACCUUCCAAGAGCUCCGGACCCUGCAGGUGCUCGCCCUGAGUGACAACCUCCUGGACAGUGUGCAGGGCACCUGGUUCAGAAACACCAAGGGCCUGCUCCGGCUGCUCCUGAACGGGAACCGGCUUAGGAACCUGACACAAAGCGCUUUUGUCGGCGCCGAUCUCGCCGGCCUCGGCUACCUGGACCUAUCGAACAAUUUCAUCAGCUACCUUGGGGAGGGGGCCUUCGGGGCCUUGCCCGGGCUGCGGGAGGUGGAUCUUUCCCGCAAUAACCUGGCGCACAUCCCCGACGUAUUCGCUCCUCUCACGCGGAUCAUCCUUCGGGGUCUGGAGAGGAAUGCGUGGCGCUGCGCGUGUGACCCGCACCCCCCGGCCCCACUCCUCGGGAACUCCACGACCGACUCCUCUGGCCCCACGCGCAGCCGUGGCAAGGACCUGAAUUGCCGGAGCCCGGCGGCUGCGGCGGCUGUUUACGCCGUGCUCCGACGGUCGGAGGCCGACUGCGAGUACAAGUCUCCAGACAUGAUGCUGGUAUUCCGGGACAAAGCAAGCAGGCGCUCCGGAGGGGAGGUGGCCCAGGUGACCGUCCUGUGCUUUGCAGGAGCCGUCGGUCUCACUUGCCUAAUUUUAGCCAUUUUGAACUGGAAACUCCAACGAGGCAGAGCCAGGCCCACGUCAGACAACCCAUGUUGCCGAGCCCUUGGUGAAUCCCUGUGUGCUCGUGACCCAAGAAACAACUUCACGCAGGGAUACUGCAACUGUCGCUCAACUCAGGAAAAUGAAAUCAAGGUCAUGUCCAUUGUGGGAUCUGGAAAGGAAAAGCCACUUUUACAGGAAAACUGCCAUCCAGCGACUCUAGAAAGAGUCCCGAAGUCCACGGGCCUCCAAGCCUCCUUCAGGAACCUUGCACAAGGGAAGGGAUGUGGGCCAGACAACGGUCCUUUCUUACGCUUCAACUGUAGACUGGUGCAGCCAGGCGUUCCAGAGUGUUCGGGGAACGUGAUGGUCAUUAAUGAAGCCAGUCCACCGACAAGACAUUUCCAGAGAAGAGUAGGAAAGCUGGGGCAUUUUGAACCAGGAGAGAUCCAGACGCAGACAUUUCAACGAAACUCAAAGAGGACAAUGGAUAUCGGCAGUGACACAUUGAAUGGAAGAGGCUCAACGCCCACCUCAGCCUUGGCAAGAGAAAACCUGGAAAACCAUUUAACAAAUGAGUCGUGGCAGCCUCCAACAGAAACAGGAGACGAUGGCUUUCAACCUCACCAACAAAGACACUUCCUCACAAGCUCGCCAGCCAAGCCUCACAGAACUGAGGAGCGCCGAGUACCAAAAAAUACAAGAAAUCCCAGCUCCCACCGCCCUGGUCCUCAUGGGCUGCUUUGGGAGAGCAGGCUCAUGGAUCUGCCCCCAGACAAUCUCCUGGUCUGCAAAUAUGGCCCUUGGGAUCAAUUGCAGGAUUGUACAGAUGAAAGGAAAUCAAGUUAUAGGGAACGCCCAAAGUCCCAGAAAGACCACAUCCAAGCGAACAGCAGGAUCAAAGACCUUCUGCCAAGUGCGGGCAAUGUAGGAUUAUCAGCCCGAGUCCAGAAGCCACACGUCCGAAAGAGAGUUAGCUUCCACAUUCCAGACUUGGAUGAAGAAGAUGGAUUGGCUCAGCUCCUGACUGACUUAACUGAGGCAGGAGCUCUUUGUACACAACAGCAAAAUCCGCACAACCAAGCGGUCGUCUGCCAUAGUGAGAAGCUAAGUGAGACGCAGGAAAAGACUAAAGGAGGAAAAGGCUCUUCUGGCGCACAGAUUCCAGAAAAAGAACAAAGCAAACCCUCUUACCGAAGGAGAAAAGUGAAAGGACAGAAUCUAAAUGUUAAAUUAAAUUUACACCCCUUCGGGAGAUUAAGAAUCCACCCAGAAAAACAACCUGACAGAGAGAAGUGUCCUCCCACGUCCUCAAGGCGAGGGAAAAAAGUAGCCCAGCAGGAAUCGUCCAAGGUUUCUGAGGAAGAGGCAGCUUGGAAGGAAAGACAGAGAAGGCUUAAGCAGACUGAGAGCAGUGGAAAUAGUAGAACCAUCCCUAAAACAUUGACUCCUAAUGCUGCUAACACGCAGGUCUCAGGUAGAAGCCGAAGGUCCGAACACUCCCCUCAUGUCCCUGAUCAAGUUCCUAGGCAAGGCCACGCCCACCAUGUUGCAUCUCCUCUAUCUGCAGGCAUCCUAACAGGAUUUCCCCCUCAAUCAUCACCAAAGGAGAGAAGGGGAAGUGCUGUUAACCUGCCAUCUUUAGUGCUCAGCUAUUCAUCAGGUAGUAGACAAGGGCCAGCAAAAAAUGAUUUCAAGCCCCAACAGUUCCAGGCUCUUGCUGACCAAGUGACACCAGAGGCCACUGAGGCUGGGGAGGGCCGUAAGUCACAGCACACUCUAGGACAGAAAGAAAAGGACGGCUCUAUCACCUCAAGGAAUGAAACACAGCCGGCAAGUGAUUUCAAGCCUGACACCAAUCAAAAGGAUUUAAGCCCAGAGGAAAUGUUACCUUACAAGCUCCAGCAUUCCCGUCAUCUACAGCCAGGAACUGAAAAGACUACUGUAGAGAGUAACACCAAAGCACCACCCCCAGUAGCUAAAUGUUGUGUUACAAACGGGGGCCUCAAACCCUUAAACAAAAAUGCUUCUAGAGUAGAGCCUUAUGACUCUUCCCUCAUUCCUCAGACCCAAGCCAAUAGUGACAUCACAUUUGUAGAAACCAAUUUCAUUCCACACCAAAAUAGACUCGAGUUUUCCAAUGAUAUCAACACUCCUCUUCCUGGCACUCAAACCAAUUGGCACCCAACCAGCAGGAGUGAAAAAGGAACUGACAGUGCAAAUGGAUUACCCAGAGAUGAUGGCAAUGAAGCACCUAGGGGCACAGGGGGAGCCAAAGAAAGUCACGAAGCAGCCCAGGAAAGCAGUGCCAGUCAUGGGGCGGUGAUUCAAGCCAAGGAAGUGGUCGUCGCUGGCACAUCAAGAGAGGCCAGGGAAAGUCAGAAAAAUGGACAAAGUGAAGGGCACGCAUUCCUGGGAUCACGUGUUGUCUCUCAGAGUAGCGUGAGCAGCAACAGGUCUCCUGACAUCCAAACGAGGCUGCUGCCGAGUGAAACUGGUCCCCAGAUUUAUCAUCACAUGAGAAAAGAUGUACAAGAAACUCAAGCCAUCCGACCAGGGAAAGGUGAUGACCAACGUGGAGAAGGAGAUGUAAUGCCCCCCGAGAAGCAUGAAGAUGCCCUUUUGUUGCCAGUCGUAAAAGACGGCCGUCUUGAGGCAGAAAAUGGGUGUCCCUAAUUCCUAACUGCGGAAAUGAUGCUGAAAACUCUGCUGAAGACUCUGCCCUGCUUCUACCAUCUGCCGAAUGUGCUCAUCCAUCACCUUGAGCAGCAGAACAGAGGGAGCCAAAGAACUCCAAUAGUAAUUGCUUUCCCAGUUAGCUUUCUUCAGAAAGCGCAAACACACACCCCUAGCCUUUAGAAGCAUUCCAAACGCAUUAUUGGGGUGAGAAAAGCCUCUCUCAAGCCUUUGUAUCGAAGAAGCAAAACUCUGUGGGUGAAUGCGAUGCAGAAACCAAAGACCAAACCCACGAGAUCCAUUGGACACAAUUAAUUAUCAUCCCCCGGGGAAGGAGAAAAAUCACAAAGUGAAGAUGAGACUGGUAGUCAUCUUUCCCACUGGAAAAGCAACUGAAUGAUAACAAUUGAGAAAUUAAAAUAGGAUAA